AUGUGGGAUAUCUUUGACGGAAAACGAAAGUAUGAACCUCCGAUUCCGACAAGAAUCGGCAAGAAAAAGAAGAAGAGCAAAGGACCAGAUGCGGCGACGAAGUUGCCCAAGGUGACACCACAUACGCGGUGCAGAUUGAAGCUGCUGAAACUUGAACGCAUAAAAGACUACCUGUUGCUGGAGGAAGAGUACAUACGAAAUCAAGAGAGACUGAAACCUCAGGAGGAGCGACACGAGGUUAGUUUGCGCGGAACGCCUAUGGCCGUCGGCAAUCUAGAAGAGAUAAUCGACGAUAACCAUGCGAUCGUCUCAACCAGCGUCGGUUCGGAACACUACGUCACCAUUCUAACAUUCGUUGACAAGGACCAACUUGAGCCCGGAUCUACAGUGCUUCUAAACCAUAAGACCCAUUCGGUCAUUGGUGUUUUGUCAGACGAUAUCGAUCCAAUGGUGAGCGUCAUGAAACUGGAAAAGGCCCCGCAGGAAACGUAUGCAGAUAUCGGUGGACUUGAUCAACAGAUUCAAGAAAUUAAGGAAUCGGUCGAGCUUCCGUUGACACAUCCGGAAUACUACGAAGAGAUGGGAAUCAAGCCACCGAAGGGCGUCAUUUUGUACGGCGUGCCGGGCACAGGCAAGACGCUGUUAGCGAAGGCGGUCGCUAAUCAGACGUCAGCUACGUUCCUUCGCGUUGUCGGCUCAGAGCUGAUCCAGAAAUAUUUGGGCGACGGCCCGAAACUCGUGCGAGAGUUAUUUCGAGUGGCCGAGGAGCAUGCUCCGUCGAUUGUAUUUAUUGACGAGAUUGACGCGAUCGGAACCAAGCGGUAUGAGUCGAAUUCUGGUGGCGAGCGAGAAAUCCAACGCACCAUGUUGGAACUGCUCAACCAGCUUGACGGUUUUGAUUCAAGAGGCGAUGUCAAGGUCAUUAUGGCAACUAAUCGUAUUGACACGCUCGACCCAGCUUUGAUCCGUCCGGGACGAAUCGACCGUAAAAUCGAGUUCAUGUUGCCUGACGAGCACACGCUUCGCAGAAUCUUCAUGAUACAUACAAGCCGGAUGACCUUGUCCAACGACGUAAACUUUGACAUGCUAGUUUUGUCCAAAGACGAACUUUCCGGCGCUGAUAUCAAAGCAAUAUGCACUGAGGCCGGUCUGUUGGCUUUGCGAGAGCGGCGUAUGAAGGUGGCGUUGGAAGAUUUCAAAAAAGCCAAGGAAAACGUCCUAUACCGCAAAAAGGAAGGAGCUCCAGAGGGUCUGUACCUGUAA